CCCAGGCGGCGUUGGAGGCGGGGAGACGCAACGCAAGCAGAUGCGACGCCAUUUGCUGCCGGCCGUGCGUGUGUAAAGCAGGUCUUGGAAGAGCUCGGUCUCGGGACUCUCCGGCGCACGCGACCGGCCUCUCGCGCCCGCUUGGUACCGCGGGGCUCCACGCGUUACCCCUCGCCCCCCUUGGAGGAAUCGCCACCACCGCCGCCCGAGUAAGAGUCCGAGUCGCCGCGAGGCCUCGGCUCCCGCCAUGCCCAAGAAUAAAGGUAAAGGAGGUAAAAAUAGACGUAGGGGUAAGAACGAAAAUGAAUCCGAAAAAAGAGAAUUGGUGUUCAAAGAAGAUGGGCAAGAAUAUGCUCAGGUAAUCAAAAUGUUGGGAAACGGGCGCUUAGAAGCAAUGUGUUUUGAUGGUGUAAAGAGAUUGUGUCACAUCAGGGGGAAAUUGAGGAAAAAGGUUUGGAUAAAUACCUCAGACAUAAUAUUAGUUGGUCUACGAGAUUACCAGGAUAAUAAAGCUGAUGUAAUUUUAAAAUACAAUGCUGAUGAAGCGAGAAGUCUGAAGGCAUAUGGCGAGCUUCCGGAGCAUGCUAAAAUCAAUGAAACUGAUACAUUUGGUCCUGGAGAUGAUGAUGAAAUCCAGUUUGAUGACAUUGGUGACGAUGAUGAAGACAUUGAUGAUAUCUAACUUAACCUCAACAUUCUGCAUUCCAACUUCUCUGAGGAUUGUUCAACAAUUUGGAUUUCGGCUGAGGCCUAUAGAAGAAGAUUAAAAUCCCUUUAAUUUGAAUGCAGUUGGGUUAAAGCAUACUGAUUUGUUUCUAAGGUGUUUCUUUAAAAACCGGUAGUGUUGAAUUAAGUGAAACAUUAAGCUCACUUUGUUCUGCGGGUGUAAUGGAGUUUAUGGGUAAAAGAGAGAGCACAUCUACUAUUUUU